ACAAAUGUUUUUCAUAAAACUAUUGAAUUGAAUUAUCGGUAAUAAUAUUAUUCAUACAAAUUGUGACCAUAUUUUGACCAAUAAUUGGUGUCACGUUAGAUAAGAUCACUGAAAGCUACAAAGCGGUCAUUCAAAUGGACAGACGCGACGACAAUACCGGCCGACAACAGACUUUGGGAAAGCCAUUACCGCAUUACGUGUGUCGCGGACUACCACCGCCAGCAUCGUCGGUAACGGCCGUAUGUUUUGCCGACAUCGACACCGAAAGCUAUAUGAUUUUUGGCACCGAUUGUGGUCAAGUGAUACACUGGUCACUGGACACAUAUCGGUCACAAUUGGUUUAUGACAGUCAACACAACUCACGGGUUCAACAAUUGAUAGUCACCGACGAUGAAGACUUCGGUCACCUGUUGUUAAGUCAAUUCAAGAAUGGAUUUAUCGAUGUCUACGACAGACAAAUGACAGUCAAAAGAUCGCUAAAUAUAUCGGAUCUGAGUUUUUGCAAAUGUUUUCUGUAUACGAGUGCUGACUGUCAGUCAAAAUACUUGGCAUUUGUGCCCAAAAGUGAUGACAAGUCCAUCGAAAUAAUGAACUUCACAGACAAGCAAACAAUGGUAACAAUUGAACAGAUUUCGGACAAAACGAAGAACGGUUAUCCAUUGGCCGUACAUUUAACACAAUUUGAUACAAAUAAUAGUAAAUGUGAUAAAAUUCUGGUGAUAAUAGGUUACGAAAGUGGAUUACUUUUAGUUUUUAAAGUUGAUCCCAAUGUCUGUGAUUAUCAAUUGGUGGCGCAAUUGAAAUGUUUUGAAACGAUUAUAACUGGUUUGGACUUCAAUCGCGACCGAAACACUGGUAUCUGUUGUUCAGUUGAAAAUGUGAUAAGCGUUUGGACGUUAACUACAAAUGAUGACAAAACAGCGGUUAGUUUAUCGCUGAAGAAAGAUCUAAUCGUAACUAAUAGUGGUCUAACCUGUUGUGUCAUACGAUCGGAUGGACGAGUGUUUGCUUGCGCCGGCACUGAUGGCUGUAUACGACUGUUUGCUUUGAAAAGUCUUAAACCGUUAGCCGUCGCCGACAUUCACAAGAAAACUGUUGAAUGUCUCAACUUUUCGCACAAAUUGUCGACAAAAAACAUGAAAAUACUGUUAGCCGUCGGAUCUCAAGACAAAACUAUCACUCUUUGGGAUUUUUAUAACAACUUAUAGAUAAUUUUAGUAACAAUUAUUGAUUUUUAAAACGAAUAGACGAAAAAAUUAUUGAUUCAAUAUCUAUGGUAUUGGAUCCAUGGUAUGACACCUAACACUACAGAACUAAAUGUGAUCUAAAGGUAGUUCCUAUGCAACUAAAUAUGAUUGUUUGUAUACUGAUUAUGCACUUCUACAUAUAACCGAUCAAUUCUGAUAGUAUAUCAGUGAUAGACCAAAAAAAGUGGUUGAAAUAAUUGUAAUUAAAUUAUUACUAUAAUGAAAAUUACCAACAAUUAUGCCCUCAUAUGAUCAGC